GACUCAUCGCCGCCUGGCGACGCCCUUUGGACCUUUUCUUAAGUCAACUGCUCGAUCAACUCAAACGCAGAGUACAGAAGAACGCUUACACCCCGCCAUCGCACACGAUACACCCUCAGCUUCUGUCUCACCCAACGACAUCAACCUCAACUCCUCACGACAACAAUCUAAGACCGCACCUUCAAGAUGUCUGAAGACUGGAACUCCGUCACCAAGAUCGGUAGCCGCACCCGCGGCGGUGCUGCUGGACCCCGCGAGGCUGUUGUCAAGGGCAAGUCUGCGCUGAACGCUGCCCAGCGAAGUGGCGCUCUUAUCUCCACCGAGAAGAAGUACGCUUCUUCCAACGCUGCCUUAGCUUCAGCCUCCCAAGAAGGCCAGCGCCUCACAAAGGUCGAUCGCUCCGACGACAUCGUGAAGCCGAAAACCGUCGGUGUCGCCGUCGGCCAGGCCAUUUCCAAGGCGCGCAGCGAAGCCAAGAAUGACAAGGGCACCACCAUGACGCAGAAGGAUCUCGCCACAAAGUGCAACAGCACGCCGACCAUCAUUGCGGACUUUGAGCGCGGUACCGCCACCCCAGAUCAGAAGCUAUUGGGGACAAUGGAGCGCGUGUUGAACGUGGUGCUCAGAGGCGAGUCUCUUGGACAACCCAAGUUCCCGAACAGGAAGAAGUGAGCGCGAGGAAAGUCGCUCAAGCAGGAUAGUACCCUCCGCACAUUGCGUCGCGGACGAAGCUUCCGCUGUGAUGGAUCUCAUAUUCUGGAUUAGCGGGCGUGGAUUAUCGGGCGUUUGAUGGAAAUCAUGGAAGAAUGACCAAGCACGGGGAGAUUCGACGAAUUUGACGG